AGUGAACGCACGCUCCCGGACAAACUGUGGAUCAUCCGCUUAACCGCUCUCCCACCGGCUGGGGCCAGUUGGCGCAUGGGUCAGGCGUGGCCAGAAACCGCAGUCUUUGUGUGGGUCAACUUUGCCGGCCAGAAUACGCGCGUACCGUUUACUCGAGGUUUGACACAAAGGCUGAGUGACAUACUCCAUCAAUAGUUCGUUUUCACAAUCCGGUGGCUCAGGACACGUCUCAACGGCUCUUCCUCGCCAGCAAGCAAAGCCGGCGAUGCACUGCUGCUCCAAAGACCCACAACUAGAUGUCACCUGUUGUGGUAUAAGUUCCACAUGUGCAGAUUCUCAGCUCAGUGCCAUCCAUUGCAAGGUUUCUUGUAUGGAACGCAAAUGGCUAUCUGGUCGUCGAACCAGCACUCGAGGAAUGUUCUCUUGCUUUACUCUUAUUUCUCACGGUACGUCCGAUGUGGUGUAGUGGUUGGCAUACUCUGGCUUCUUGUUCAUCAACGCACAUUAUCUCAAGACGACUUUCUCUCUCACUCAACCCCUUUGAUAUAGACAAACGAACUACGUAGCCGAAGAUGUAAUAAAACAAACCCUGUGAUAGCUUACAGAGGCAACUUUGGGAAUGCAAACGCAGGUAUAGGGCUUUGUCCUCGGCCUGUCCCGAGUGUGUUUCCAGGCGAAGUAUGUAUACUGUUGGUUAUGUUUUGAGCCGAAUUGUAUGUCAUAGACAUAGGUGAGCAUCUGGCGUAUGGAAAACAACUGAGCCGCAGAAAUCAGGCACUCGGAACUGUCAGAGGCUCUGGC